GAUGUUAGAAAUAUUUUUGGCUUGAUCGGAAGUGGGGUGUAACAGCUAGUGAACCAUAUCCUUGAAUCAGUCACGCGAUGUUGACAAGGGUUCGCUCAAGUGUCUGUUUUAAAACUGGUUGAAGCUGCGUGCAAACUGUAAGAAAAACAUGUUUUCUAGGAUGGAACCUUCCACAUCGAUGACCAUGUUUGGACCUGAAAUGUGAUAACAAAAUUCAAAUGAGUUUGGACGUGAAAUGCGAUAGCGAUGAGAAAAGGAAAGAAGAAUUAAGGAGCUUAUUAAUCAAUCAUUGCGGCGUCAAAGAGUAUGGUUGCAAUGGAUGAGAAUGACUCUGUAUGGCCCCUUGCCCCACUCACUUUUGUAAACAUGACCAGUUCUCUGAGUCAGAAAUGUAUAGUUAUUGACUGUCGUUCCUUCUUAUCAUUUAACGUCGCCCACAUCAAAGGAUCGCUUAACGUUCACUGCCCUCCUAUCUUAAAAAGAAGAUUUCAUCGUGGAUCAUCAACGUUAGAUUGUCUACUCAAAUCUCCUGAGUUGAAACGAAGGGUUGCGGACGCAGAGACUUUAAUUUUGUACGGGGAAGGAACUCAGGAUUGGAUUGACUUGGAGAAGGACAAUACGAUGAAGAUACUCCACAUGCUUUUGAGAAGAGAGAGAGUAGACAAGACUCUAUAUUUCAUUAAAGGAGGAUUUGAAAAAUUCGCGUCGUCUUUCCCCUCCAUGUGCUACUUUGCAAAUCCCCAUGCGGCAUCACAAGCAUGCUCCAGUCCUCUCGGAUUAAAGCUCAAAACGAAAGAUUUUAAAAGAUUCAGCCCGAGAAACGAGAUCGAUCCUGUCAGGGAUUAUGCCGAGUCGCGCCCAAAUGUGUCAGCCAAGCCAAAUGAGCCUGUUGAAAUCUUACCACAUCUGUAUCUUGGAAGCGAAUUCCACUCGUCUCAAAAGGAGCUCCUUCAACACUUGGGUAUUACUGCCAUAGUCAAUGUUUCAAGUAAUAUUCCGAACUUUUUUGAGGAUACAUUUGACUACAAGUCUAUUCCGGUUGACGAUACUUACACCGCAGAUAUCGGCCGAUGGUUUGAGGAGGCAGCGAUGUUUAUAGAUUCAGUGAAGAAAUCGAAAGGACGGGUACUAGUACAUUGCCAGGCUGGGAUCUCAAGAUCAGCCACUAUUUGCCUUGCCUAUCUUAUAAGUAGACAUCAACUCAGGUUGGACGAAGCUUAUGAGUACGUUAAGAAGCGCCGUUCAGUUAUAUCACCAAACUUUAACUUCAUGGGGCAACUGCUUAACUGGGAAUCAGAGACUCAGCUUACAAAUAGAGUAUCGAGCACACACACACCCACCACUCCCUUUGGAUUUUUCAGUUUUUCUCCGUUGCCAUGUGGAUCCGAAAUGACUACCUCUGGUAACAAACAGAAUUCACCUGGGCUCGUGACUUCACCCAUGUAGCUCAGUAGCAUUAGAGGCAAGAAGUCAAAAGUGACAAAUUCUUUGGUUC